GCUCUGUAAGGUCUGAGCUCUGGACUCUUUACCGGCGCUGGUGUGGAACCCAGAACCAAGAAGUGGAGCCUUAACUGGACCUGGAGACAGAGGCCGACACACAAGUAAAUAAACCAAAUGAAGUCAAUCAGUCACUUUAUGGUUUGAUUAAUGAAAGUUCCUUUAACUUCCAGCAUAGUUUCAACAUCCAGCUCUGAUCAGACUCAAUCAGACUCACCUGAUGCUGUGCCCUCUGUUACCAUGACAACCAGGUGAUUAGCUCACCUGGCUGAAGAGGCGGAGCUUCUUCUCCACAAAAAGUGAAACGUAGUUCCAACUAUUUCUGUUUCUGCAGUACCAACAUGAAAACGGCUGUGUUCCUCAUUGGACUAGUGUUUAUCUGCUCCGAGUUCACUGAAAGAACAACAGCUGAAGACCCGCUGGAAGGUUUCGUUCAGUCCGAGUGUCGAGAUCGUUACCUGUGGAUCCAUGUGGCUUCAGGACAGCCGCCUCGCUUCGAGGCCAUUGAUGGAAAUGAAAUCCAUUCCAUCAGCAAGCAGCUGGCCUCACGCUGUGGUUACACCAUUAGCACAUUCAAGAUGGACGGCUUCACCACCUUCAGAGCCUCGUACUACUCCUGCUUCACCCACAACCAGAACGACGAGGUUUUUACCUUCAGGUUUAAUGUGAUCGUGAGUGACGGCGACGGCAGGUGGACCAGCAGGUCGGUUUCUGCCGUCUGUUCUGGUCUCAUCUGGACUCACAGAGAGAUCAUCUGUGAGGAGGACUACAUGGAGGUCAGAACACCCUCUGCCAUCGACUACUGUGUGGGAAGUUUUAAUCACAUUGUUCUUCUCAGCCCGUUAAUGCUGCGUGACCUGGAGCAUGGGGACUCGGGUUUAAUGUUGUGGUUUGAGAUGUUGUGGUGUCAACAGGUGAACGUGGACAGAGAGGCUACAUGUGGAGGUCAGGGAGGGGAGGGUCGACAGAUGUGGCAGGAGGACUUCACUCAGACGCAGAAGACGGCCACUUUGAGUUGGCAGCUGAUGUUCCUGCAGAGUGAUGGGCAGGUAGUGCCCAUGUCCAUCAGUGAGGCCCAGAGGUGGGGCUACAGCCUGACCGUCUCCCCCCAGAGGGUGGUGCUUCGAUCUCCAAACAAACAGCCUUAUGCGGAGGUCAUGAUGGUGGACGGCGUUCCUGUCAAGGUUGUCCGGGUUUCUCUUUUCUUCAAGCAGAAGCUGACGGUGAUGAUGGUUAACAUGUCCAUGGCCUGCACUCUCAAUCCGGGUUCUUUUGACGGAGCCCAGCUGCUCUGGGACAUCCCUCAGGUCGUGACCUCUCUGGUUGAAGAUGGGGCAGCAUUGGAAAGUCGAAGCUUCAGGCUAGGGGUGGAGGGUGUCCUGCUGGAUGAACCCACUGCUGCCUCCAGAGGAUUCACUACGGUCCAACAAGGAGGAUGGAUCCAGAUCAAGGUCCCUUUUGGGGCAGAAGGCGGCUACAGGAAGAGUCAGGUGGUGAACAACGUGUACCAGGAGGUGUAUGUGAUCUUUCUACUGUACGAACACAUCUUCUCUCUCCUGUACGACGACGGCAGCAGCAUCGACACCAGACACCGGAUGCUCCGAGUCCUCGACACGCCACCAAUGUGCCGCCAGCCUUUCAGUCUCAACCAGACCAUCGCUGACCAGCAGGUGUUCAGCGUCUACUUGGGAAAUAUUCCUGCUGAUGUGAUCUUGGAGGAAGUCUUGAUCAACGGGAGGCGGAUGCUGAAAAAAGAGACCCCAGACCAGGGCUUCAGCAUCACUCCAGUUGUUCACAUGAACGGCAGCCGAGGCUACGAGCUCCAGUUGCCCUUCGAAGACCCAGCUGUGGACUGGACGUAUCUGGGUGGAGGGGUGGUGCAGUACUUCAUAGAUACCAACUUCUCUUUAACCAUUACGCCCCAGAGACAGUCUUACUACCACCACACAUUCAUCACUGCGAGAGUGUUCAACGCCUUUCCUCCAGAGAUCACUGCUCAGUGUCUGGACAGAGGAAUCUCCUUCAGUGUGGUCAGACUGCCUCAGGCUCAGAAUCUUUGGGAGGUGGGCAUCGGCCAUGAGGCUUUGACCUCAGAGCUGGCGGCUAACAGAGGAUACCAGCUCCACAACGACAGCCUCAGAACCACCCUGGAAGUCCCGGUGUUCUCCGUUGGAUACACCUACGAAGAGAUCAACCUGUCAAACUUCUAUGCAACAUUUAAGGUUCUGCUAAGAGACUCCAAGACGCUGGAGGUCCAGACGUCAACCUCCAAACGCUGCCUCUUCAGAACAGAGGACAUGAUCGUCUGUUCUGCCGAUGGGACCGUGACUGUAGUGGCAACCCCGACUUCCACCUGGCCCAAGGUGCAUCCUGACAGAACCAGUCUGCUGGACCGUACCUGUCGGCCCAAACAGACCAACGGAGUCAGAGUCCUCUUUGAGUUCCAGGUGGACUCCUGUGGGACAAAAGCCAUGGUUGGAGAGUGGUACAUUGUUUAUGAGAAUGAGAUCCUACAUGACCGGCUUCUCAUCGCUGAUGGACCAAACUACAUCUCCAGAGAAUCUCAGUUCAAAGUGACGAUGAGGUGCUUCUAUCCACUCAGUUCAGUCAACAGACUGUCCGUGGACAGUUUCUUCAGUUCAACCACUCCUGGUUUUGGUUCAGUUAAAGUAUUCCAGAGCCAUAAAGACUCCAACUGUUCCCACCACGGUUCUGAGGAUGCCGUCAAUGCUCCAAAUGACCAUAUCCAUCCAUCGUCGGCUACAGUUCUGCCUCAGUCCGGUUUCAGGCCACAACCCAAACCUGGGCCCAGCCACUUCAUCACGGUACCAGCAGGACACAACAGGCUAAUCUCCUCAACCUCUCCAAACCUGAAUCAUCCUCCUGAAACUCAGACCCAACAAGUUAUUCGGCCAGUUUCAUCUCAUAUCACGUCACAAAAUGUUUUCUCCAGCUCUCCUCCCAGAUACGAUCCGUUACCACAAGGCAGAGUACAACCUUACAACUUUAGUCAAAGCUUGGACUUGGCAAUAAGAGGGGAAACUCCAGGAACUAGUGGAGAAUACUCGGCCUUGGGCACCGAUUCAUUCCACAGGAUUCCUGAUGCUCCAGCUGUUGGACAUUUAGGGAGCUCGAGUCAAACUUCAACACUUCACAGUAGUGGCAUCUCGCCUUCAGGCCUGAUCCGGGACCGCUCUACUUCUAGUCAACUUGGAGUCAUGAACCAGAACCAGGACCUGCAGAGUCUCACAGCUGAUCCUUCUCCCAGCAUACCGGGCUGGAGCCAGCAACACCAGACCGACCAACAUUUGAGCCUUUAUCGGUCCUCGAGUAGUGGGGUGGAAGCCAGGGCCAUGGAGCGUCCAAUAAACCAGUACCACUCUGAGACAGAGUUUGUGAAAGACCAACUAAUGUCCAUUGCAGCCAGCGAAGUCCAUCACAGUUUAGCCAGAACCAGGUCCCCCGAAAGGAGGAACGUUCAAAACAUCAGAGUAAAACCUCCAAGAAACUUUGUCCCAUCAGGACAUCUGAGCAAGAACCCUGUGGUCCAAUACACAAACUCACAAACAUCAAAUCCCUCCCAUCGUGCAACUGGUAAACCACCGUCUGGGCCUCCAAAAAGCUUCUUGAGAGACGAGGUCCAAACCGGGUCCAACCAGGCGGGUCUGUACUGAUCCACGUCUCUGAUCCAGAACCAAACCAUCAGGGGUCCUGAAAGGGUCCAGACUGGACAGGAAUAAUCUUAAUGUCCGAAGAAACUUACGUGUUGACGAUGGAGAAUAAAAUCUAGAAACUAA